GAUACCUUCUUUCAAUCAAGUAGUUCUUCAUACAUCCUCCAGACCAAAGUGAAAAAAGAACGGAAGCCUCCAUUAAUGGAAACCAAAUAUUGUGCUUGUUCUCACACCAACUAUUGUGCUUGUGCGCGCGUAUAUGAGGAUUUUGAACCCUACUGCAAAUGGCAUAAAGGGGAGGAACGUGACACUCUUGAAGUCCAUCUCCGGGAUUUCAACAAGGAGCAAUUAAAGGCUCAAAUAAACAACCAUGGGGUCCUAAAAAUCUUUGGAGAACGUCCUUUAAAGGAAACUAGAUGGAGCCGCUUCAACAAAGAAAUCAAUGUAGAUAAGAAAUGUAAAACAUGUGCAAUUCAGGCAAAGUUUGGUAACGGCGUUCUUUCUGUAAUAAUGCCUAAAACUGGGCUCAGACCCACAGAAAAAGCUAUAAUAUUGGAUGGAAUCUGCUGUAACGAACUUGUGAUUGAGAGAUCAAUUUUAAAGCAAAAUCUGGGGAUGGCUGUGAAAGUCUUGGCGGUUGCUGUGGUGGUGGCUUUUGGAGCUUACGCAACUUACAAGUGUACUCAGCCUUGUCUGGUUGAAAACUAAAUGUUGUUAUAUACUUUCAGCUUGUAUAAAAUAAACACAUCUUUCUUAAUUCCUUAAUUUCAAAUUGUAAA